AUGGCCGCCCCGGCCGCCGCCCGCCAGCACGUCCUGGCCCUCGCCCGCCGCCCCAGCGGCAGCCCCCGGCUGACCUACCAGACGGUGUGUGGGGUCAACGGGCCUCUGGUGGUGCUGGACAAUGUGAAGUUUGCCCAGUAUGCUGAGAUCGUGAACUUCAUGCUGCCCAACGGCACCCGCCGCAGCGGGCAGGUCCUGGAGGUGAUGGGCUCCAAAGCCAUCGUCCAGGUGUUUGAAGGAACAUCUGGGAUCGAUGCCAAGAAGACCUCCUGCGAGUUUACUGGGGACAUCCUCCGGACCCCAGUUUCUGAGGACAUGCUGGGUCGGGUCUUCAACGGCUCUGCCAAACCCAUCGACAGCGGUCCCCCGGUGAUGGCCGAGGACUUCUUGGACAUUAAUGGUGACAGCUCUGGGCACGGCGUUGCUUUGCCAGCUUCUUUUACCAGCUGCAGGCAAUGAGGGUCUUG